AUGGACGUGACCACAGUUGUUACCUCGAUCCUGGAGGCCUUUGGGAAUGGGCGGGAUUUCUUCAAUCGCAUACACAAAAAGAAGGAUCUUAAAAGAUCUGGAACCGAUAAAUCCAAGCGGGAUCUAAGAACCCACGGCUCCCGAAAGAAAAAGCGAAGAAAUACAAAUGAUGCGGCAGUUCCGGUUCGCAGCGAAGAUAUGGAUGAUUUGCGAAUCCAGGCGUCAUUGGAACGGGGUCCCGCUGAAAUCAAGAAGGAAUAUGAUACCAGCGUCCAGCGCUUAGGGGAACGCUUCAAAAAGGGAGACGCGAUGGGCAGGGAUACAACUGUGCUGGAACUGUUGAUCGACGGUCUCUGCUCAUACUCUCCGAUUCUGCGGCGGCAGAUGCAAUAA